AUGGGUUCACUCGCUUCUACGAAGGUUCCUCAAGUNNNNAUCGCAUGUUGGUCUAACGUCGAUUGGAAGUCGACUCAGAAGAAGGUCGUACCUAAACAUAAGCUCCAGUCUGAAGAUUUUGUUCGUCACGUCUAG